AUGUUACGGCCAUCCAGGACGUCCUCCCUAUAACGCGGUAUCCGCAACACUCAUCCCACUCGCCUAACACAACGUCUUGGUGGACGACCACCUUUCAAAGUCCACGAUGUCGGUACUUCUCGCUAUAAUCAUUGUGUCACUGUUUGUCAUGAAUGAGCCCUUGUCGUCAGCUUACAAGCUUAUGAAGCAUGAUCCCAUGGUGAAGACUCAGUCGGGUCUCAUUCGCGGCUUCAAGGAGGACGUAUUCGGCCUGCCCAUCGACGUCUUCCUCGGAAUCCCGUUCGCCGAGCCACCUGUCGGAAGUCUACGCUUCAUGCGUCCGGUGCCCGUAAAACCAUGGCACCGAGAGUACAAGGCCAUGUUUUUGCCACCCUCGUGCAUUCAGCCUUCGGUAUACUUCAACCAGAUCAUCAACAUAACGGGCGACGAGCGCAGCGAAGACUGCCUGUACCUCAACAUAUGGGCGCCGGCACGCGAGACGAAAGAGCAGCGAAAGGCCGUCAUGGUUUUCUUUCACGGAGGAGCGUUCUUCUUCGGCAGCACCAACUGGCACUUCUACGACGGUUCCAGGCUCGCCGCCCUGGGGGACGUGCUUGUCGUGAGCGUAAACUACAGACUCGGGCCGUUCGGCUUCAUGACCGCCAGGAACUCUCCCGUGUCUAUGGGAAACCAGGGACUUCACGACCAGCAUCUCGCCAUGCUUUGGGUAAAGCAGAACAUCCGUUAUUUCGGCGGAGACGACGACUUGAUCACGUUGUUCGGCCAGAGCGCGGGUUCUAUAUCUAUCGGCUAUCACCUCGUCUCGCCGUCUAAAGGUCUCUUCAAGAGAGCCAUCAUGCAGAGCGGCAGCCCUUACUGGACCAUAGGUAAGAUGGAGAACGAGGACAGCUUCACGAAAGCGGCCGUUAAACUCAACUGCGUCGAUCGUGGCGUGGAAGAAGUGACGGACUUUGAUUCCGUCUUGGGUUGCCUGCAAAACAAAAACGCCACGGACAUUCUCAACGCUCUCGAAUCGAGGAACGGUCGCGUACGGCUGACUUACCACCCCGACCACGGCGAUGACCUCAUCCCAGAAGACGUACCGAAGGCCAUAAGAAGUGGUUUCGCUAAUGACGUCGAUCUGCUAAUCGGGGCCGUCAAGGACGAAGGAAGCGUAUUCAUAGAGUACUACAUGUCACCUGUGUUGGACUUCAUGGACUGGUCCAAGAUCCAGAAGGGAACCAUGGAAGUGUACUUUAUGCUGCUGUUUAGGUUCCUGCACGAGAAGAACGUUAACCAAAUACGAGAUUUCUACCUAGAAUCGGCUACCGAAGAUCCCAGCAGCUUUCUGAAAAACUCUUCCAACGCGAUGGGUGACUUCGCCUUUCUCUGUCCACUCAUGUACUUCGCCGAAGACUACGCCAGGAGGAACAACAGCGUCUACUUUUACGAAUUCGCCCACCGGCCCAGCUAUUCCUGGAACGCGCCGUGGGCGGGAGUGGCCCAUUUCGAGGAAAUACCGUUUGUGUUUGGCUUCACCUUGGAUAACGACCUUUUCAACAUUACGCAAGAGGAACGAGCGCUUACACUUUUCAUGAUGUACAUGUGGACGCAUUUUGCGAAAACUGGACAAGUGCCUCCGAUCAACGGCAAAACGUGGCCACAGUUCAGCGCUUCUAACCCCAGCUACGCUGAGCUGAACCUUCCGGAAUCCGAGAUCAAGUCGCCCGUCUCUGACCACCGCUGCGAGUUCUGGCGAUCACGGUUCUGCGGCCAGUACAAGACAAGGACAGCGCGCUGAGAAACACAUCCCACGAUCAUUUCACCAUUGUAUAUAUUUCCUCAUUCAUUGUCAACAACAACAAAAAAAGAGCAUGCAACGAA